AUGCUACAUCGACCAAAUUCACCAUAUAAAUCAAACACAGUAUCUCGAGUCCCAUCAUCAACUCGUUUGAACAUAAAUAGUCCAAAAACUCCAACAACAUACGUCACUUCGAGUUUAAAUCCAAUAAAGAAUCUACCGACUACUUCAAAUACCAUUAAAUCAAAAAUAAGGACAAAAGAGGAUUUGGAAAGAUUUGAACAAUUGCCAAUUGUGAAAUGUAUAAACGAAUACGAAAAAUUACUCGAUUACUUAUCAAAUGACAUAACUAGUUUCAAAAGUGAAGAUUUGUUAAGCAAGACUGAGCAAUUGAUUUCGAAUAAUAAAGAGUUGAUGGGUCUAAUUGAGGAUUUAAAAAUGCAUAAACGUGAGUCAGUAAAGAUAGAAAACAACAAAAUGAAGAAUAAAAAGCUAGAGGACAAGAGCAAAUCAAUGUUGAAAGAAUUAGUUGGGUUCCGUAAUGAGUUGAAACUGUUGCCUAAGUUACCCAAGCCAGAAGAGAAUAUACCAGAUUUUGAUGUAGAUGAAAUUUUAAGAUAUGCUAUGAAAUUGGCUAAAUUUACUAAAGCUCCUGCUGCGAUCGGUAAUUUACAAUAUCAGUUACAUCCCAACAAUUUCAUUUGGCCUGCUGAAGAUAGUUUGAGAAGAGGUAUGCUUGCUCAAGCAUCAUUAAAUCCAGAAGAAAUAAUAAAGAAUGAACUAGGUGAAUUAGACUCUGAAAAACCUGUUGAAGAAGAUAAGAUUGAAGAAGAUCAUAAAGAACCAGAGGCAGCACAUUCUAGAAAUGAUCAUCAAGUAAAUAAUAGACCACAAGCAAAAUAUUCACAGCAACAACCACAGCAACAACCACAGCAACAACCAGAAAAUCUUGAUUUAGAUUUAUUUGAUCCCGAUGAUGAAUUUUCAGAUUAA